AUGCUGACGACGACGCCGUCGUCGGCGCCGCCGGCGCCCGCGCUCAUGCCGCCGCCGUCGAUGCCGUCGUCGUCGUUCUUCCAGUUGCCGACAGUCUCGUUCCGGGACUCGCUCCUCAAGGUCGCGGACGAAGCGAUCAACGUGUGCAUCGAGUCGGUGCAGUACGGCGAGCAGCUCUUCAAGCAGCCCAAGGUGGCCAACAUGAGCUACCUCGGCGUCACGGUCCAGUACGAGAUGAACAAAGACCACAUCCACAUCUUCCUUCGCCACGUGCUGCCCGGCGCCAACCACAUGGCCGUGAGCGACCGCGUCUGGGAGCUGAUGACGUGCAAGAACUUCAACCAGGACUUUGGCUUUACCGAGGCGUACGAAGUCCUCGACGCGAUCGACAAUGACACCAAGUACAUUCGUGCGAUUUUGAACCUGACGCUCCCGAACCCGGACAAGAACGGCGCGACCAAGGUCAAGGCCGAGCGCCUCCACGCGGUCAAGCGCCGCGCGAUGGCCAACUGCGUGUACAUUGCAUCGCGCAGUGUCCACGACGACCCGAGCUGGCCGCAAACGCCGUCGUACAUUCGCCGCCAUCAAAACAUUGGCAUCAUGCUCCGUGACUGCAUCGAGGACGGCCGCGCGGGCACCGAGGUCAUGUGGUGCAUCAAGGUGCAUCUCGACCAGCACACGGACAUGUCGGUGGCCGCCAACACGCCCGACACGAUCCUGCGCAACCUCUUUGAAGUCACGCCGCCCUUCUUCAAGGCCAUCUUGGACCGCGUGCAGCAGUCGUAA